CACAAGAAAAUUAAAUCCUAAUGUUCUUUUACUCAGAGAGGUUUUGUUCAUCAUUCACAACUGUUGUUCCCUCACAGCCCAGAGGACGAUGACUUCGACAUGGAAGAAGAGCUGCAAAAGCUUAAAGCUCAGCGACUACCCCGGCAGCCUGACCUAGAACCCCGCAGCAGGAGGGGACUAAUAGGAGACCCCAGAGUGACCAUUAUCCCUGAGGUAGGCGGCCCCGAGGAUAGCAAGGAGGACUCCGACUCUGAUGGUCCCAUCCUGUACAGAGAUUAUGAUGAUGACGAUGAGGAGGAUGUUCCUCCAGGUGGGCUGGCAAAUCGUGUGAAGAGGAAUGACACAAUGGCCCGGAGACUGGAGAAACAAGAGAAGCAGCAACAGCAGCGAGAGGAUGGCCAAGAGAGCUAUGAUGGGAUGAGCUGGAGCAGCAGGGAGCAGUGGGUUGCAGUGAGGAACAAGAUUGGCACCGCACUAACCAGGCGGCUAAGUCAGAGACCGACAGCAGAGGAGCUGGAGCAGAGAAACAUUCUUCAAGCCAAGAACGAAGUGGAUCGGCUGAUGGAGAGAUCAGAGAUCAAACGCAGGCUCACCAGAAAGUUGUCUCAGAGACCAACAGUGGCCGAGCUGCGGGCCAGGAAGAUCCUACGUUUCCACGAGUAUGUCGAGUGCACACAUGCUGAAGACUACGACCGGCGCGCAGACAAGCCAUGGACCAAACUCACACCUGCUGACAAGGCUGCCAUUCGCAAAGAGCUCAAUGAAUUCAAGAGUUCAGAGAUGGAGGUUCAUGAAGAUAGCAAGAUGUAUACACGAUUUCACCGACCCUAGAUGCUCGUAAUGGAUAAAGCACUUAGGCUGGGAGGGGAGAUGGCGGCACCCCCCCCCCCCCCC